CAAACAACAGAAUUUGAUUAAUGUUUCCUCUGUAUAACAUUUCAAUAUUAUGUUCGAUGCAUUAACAAUGAUACGAAUUAAAUUUACCGAUGCGACUUUCGACGACAUUGAAGAGUUGCAUAUACACAUCAGUAGACCUACAGAUCCUACGAGUCAGAGGUCGUACAUAGCCUAUCAUAACUGAAAGAUGAGACUUGACAGUUUAACAGGAAUUUUGACAGUAUUGAUAGCUGUCUUUAUAGAAGACACACAUGCUGGUUCAUCUUGUUGCCAUAAGACAAGACAAGACUUGGAUACCUUGGCAACUGGUAUUUCCUCUGACGUUGCCACUCUAACGGCUGGUAUUUCCACACUGACAAAGAUGGUUUCAACACUCUCAAAUGCCAUUUCUUCCAUAAAAACGGACGUGUCUGAUAUAAGAGCUGAUAAUGCUGGUAUUGAAAGAAAAAUUGCAGCAUUACUUAAGUCAAAUGGUCAAGAGUUUUGCGAUUCGACACCCUGUGAUAAUGACGGAGCUUGUAACGAAUAUGGCUACACGUGUCAGUGUAAGAGUGGCUACACUGGGCGAAAUUGUGAAACAGAUAUAAACGAGUGCGAUUCAAGUCCCUGUCAAAAUGAAGGGAACUGUACUGACCAAGUGAACAGCUAUACGUGUAAAUGCAAGGCAGGAUAUACUGGUGUCAAUUGUGAGACAGAUAUAGACGAGUGCGAUCCAAGCCCCUGUCAAAAUGAAGGCACUUGUAUUGACAAAGUAAACAGAUAUACGUGUAAAUGCAAGGCUGAAUUCGCUGGAGUCAAUUGUACAAUAACCAUAGGACAAUUAAAAAACAAACCAAUCGUUGUGAAGAUACAGCUGCAGUCAAGCCUUAUAGAUGAUCUUGCAGUAACAUCAAGAGGACAUAUUGUGGCAGUUGGUUUUACCACAAAGAUAUAUGACAGUGAUUUCACUCUCAUCAAAAACGUUAGCAACGAGUUCCAGUAUGUUGCAGUUUCAGAUGAUGACCAACUUGUAUUCACUGACUUGUCACGGACAAUCUACUUCUACACAUUAGACGGCAGUCCUAUUCGCAACAUAACGGCUAAAGUGUCUCCAUUUCAACUAAAUGGUAUUACUACACUAUCUACUGGUCAGUUGGUUGUGUGCGGUGUAAGGACAGAUGGAGUGUAUAUUGUUGAUCAGUCUACAGGGAAUGCAACAACCAUCCCUGCUUCUGAUACGUUUGUAUGGCCUAACUUUGUGACAACUAACAGCAAAGGAGUGGUUAUAGUUACCGACCACUCAGGACCUUUAAAAGGGAUGGAUCAAGCUGGCAACGUACUCUUCACUUACGGAGGUACACGUGGAUCAGAAGAGGGACAGCUGAAUUUCCCCGCAGGUGUCGUCACAGAUUCAUGGGACUACAUAAUGACGGGAAAUUACUGGUUGGGGAUCAUAACGGACGAUUAUUCAUUAUCACAUACCGGGAGUAAGUCCAAAUCUGAUGUGAGUUAG